CGAGCUUGCUUUAGUCUCCAUAUCUCUAUAUCUGCAGCAUUCAAAAACGAAUAUAUAGCCUGUGUUUCUCAAUCAAUAUGUCAACCAGUACUGCUCAUUAUCUUCUUCUUUAUCUUCUAUGCCUUUCUUUCCAUGCAUGUAAUGCCCGGCGUCUUGGUGCGGUUCAUAAGGAGCCUGACAACAAAUUUCACCUCAUCAACAAGAGUACUAAAGCAAAGGUUUCGGAUCAUAAAAUUCCAGCUAUGUCAAUGAUGAAGUCUUUCUCAUCAAAGCCAUCACUUGAUCAAGGGGAUAAAGGAGAAAGCACAGAACUACAAAGUGAUAGUAUUAAUAAUAAAGAGCCGAAGCACACAAAGACCAAUGAUGAUCUGAAGACCAUUCCGAAAAAAAUCAUAAAAGGUUCAACCUCAGCCCCAAGUGCUGAUCAUCCAAUAAGUACUUCAAAGCAUGAUAAGUCGUCUUUCGUUUCGGUUUCAUGGCGUGUGCCUCGCAAGAAGCGUGGAGUUCAGAAGCAACCUGGGUUUAAUCUGGACUACUCACCCCCAAAGACACACCCUCCCUCUCAUAACUGAGACCUUCAUAACAUAUAUCAUUAUAUAUCGAACCCUAAUUUUGUUGCUUUACCUUUUUUUUUUUUUCCGAGCUUUUGCUUUAAAACUAAUAUAUAUACUUCUCACUAUCUCUUUCAAUCCAUUCCACCAAUAUGCAUGUGGGAAGUUAUUGCAGUCAAGAAACCAGUAGGGCCUCACAGAAUUCCUCCUAGCUUCAUGCUCUUGCCGGCAAAAAGUACUAUAUAUAAGUUAUGACAUAUGAUAUGACUGUAUAACAAAAAUGGAUAUU